AUGACGAGACCGCGUCGCUCCAGCGCCGCCAGCGAGGAAAGCGAUGGCACCGCUGGCCAGCAGGAGCUGGGGAGCAUGUACGAUUACCUCGCCAAGAUCAUCCUCUUGGGACCUAGCGGGACAGGAAAAUCCUGCCUGCUGCACCGCUUUGUUAAGAACGAAUGGCGGGUCUUAUCGUCCCAGACUAUCGGUGUCGAGUUCGCGAGCAAGAUCAUCAAGGUCGGCACCGGAUCCCGGCGGAAACGCAUAAAGCUGCAGCUUUGGGACACUGCCGGCACCGAACGAUUCCGCUCCGUCUCGCGAUCAUACUAUCGAGGCGCCGCCGGCGCUAUCCUCGUCUACGACGUAACAUCCCACACCAGCUUCCGCGGACUGCAGCCCUUCCUCAACGAUGCCCGCGCCCUAGCGUCGCCGAAUCUGUCGUGUCUGCUUGUCGGCAACAAGCUCGAUCUCGCCUCCGACCCCCUCAUCGACACGAGCCUGCCCCCGCCAACGCCGAGCAGCGUCGGCUCCAUGUCCUACUUCACAAACGGCUCCGCCGGCACCAGCCUACCGACGCUCGGCACGCAGCAAAAAGCGUCGGAAGCCCCCGAGGGCCGCGAGGUCAGCAACUCGGAUGCGAACCAGUGGGCGAGCAAGGUCGGGAUCCCCGUGGUGAUGGAGGCGAGCGCAUUCAACGGCGAGAACGUGGACGAGAUCUUUGCGAGGCUGGCGCGCAUGAUUCUGACCAAGAUCGAGCUGGGCGACAUUGAUCCGGACGAUCCGAUGAGCGGCAUCCAGUACGGCGACGGCUACGGCGGGGGCUGGAACGCGGGCGCCAGCGACGGGGCGAGUAUCAAGAGUUCCAUGACCGGCGCGACGCUCGACGAUGCCGGCACCGUGCGGAGACGGAGAGGCAGGCGGAACACCCGCAGCGGCGCGAACUGGGGGCUGCGGGAGUGGGAAGAGGUCUUUACGCUUUCCAACCGACGCGGAGGCGGGAAGUGCUGCUAA